AUGGAGCCCCCAUCACUGAGACCCGAAUCCCGGACCCCAACUGAGCAUCCAAUGCCAAGAAUUGACCCGACGAGAUCAACUCCUGAGGACCGACCUGACGCCGAGGCCCAAGACCCGACCCGAGGCCAAGGCCCGAGGAAGAAGUUGGGGGCCUGUCUCAACGCGAGGCCUGACCAGCCAGGGCACGACAGCAGGGCCCCUUCGGAUCGGAAGCCAGACCUUAUGGACUACCCGGUUCAAGACCGAAGAGUCGUCACCGCGUAUCUUGGAAACGUGGUCCAGCCCCAGGACCCGGGCGCCGCGACCGAGGAAAACGGCGGCGCCACAACGGCCGAACAACAUGGUCCCCAGGCGCAUGCGCAGUUGGCUCGACUUUGUGCGCCGAUCGUCCGCUCCCCCGUUCGCCGAGCCCCAGACGUUUGGUUCCGCUCUGAGAAUAUGGCGCAGUCGUUUCUGCGACUCGGAGUUCGCGUAACUCCGCGGAUGCUGCUUCCAGAGAGAUUGGGAAUACAAGUGACAACUUUCACCACCAAUGCACCUGGGCCACAGAAGAAGAAAGUCAAUGGAGCUGGGCCCCAAGAGCUUUCCCAUGGAGUUUCAGUUAUUCAAGCUACAGACAUGACUGCCAAAGAACGGGCAAACCUCCUGUCCAAGAAAACACUGCUGCACUUUCCGGGAAAAAGUCCUGACCCAACACAGAUGCCUCUUGCCAAGAGCUGGCAGAGGGAGAUAGUCGGCUCUGGAGCUCCUGAACACAGUGAGCAGACAGUGGCAGCCCGUCACUCGAGUGCCGCAGAGGUGCCAGUGGGUGAAAAAGCUGCAGCUGCUGAGGAAUCCGACUCCAGCUCAGACUCCAGCUCAGACUCCAGCUCCGACUCAGAUGAAGAAACUGUGACUGGAGAGGCCUUAAAAAGUCCAGUUAAGUUUCUGAGACAUGAUUCCCCAGCCAGGAAUGCUGAAUGGACAAAGGAAAGGAAACAAGUGGAGCAAAGAGCUUGGGCCAGCAAGCCCCAGACAAAGCUGGGAAUUCCUGUCUCCAGCAGCUCCGUGAGAGAAUCUCCCAUCCAACAGAGCACUGGGGGUGAAGAGCAAGAGGCACAAGUUGCCCAUCCCAAAGCAAGAGGCCAGAGGAACCACACUGAGGCUGCAGUAACACCUCCAGAUACCAAAUCCGUGAACCAGGAAGGCACACCUGGCAGCUCACAAAGGGCAGGCGUGCUGCUGGCACAGAGUGAAACACUAAAAGAGCACCAGUUAGAGGAGGAGGUUACAGCAGAUCUUGGGGCAUCACCUUCAGCCAAUGCUGCAGAUACAUCACUGGAACCAGUCGCAGAGCCUGUUGAGGAAGUGUCAGACCCUUCCACCUACAAGAACACUCAGCACCACAAUUAUACCCCGCUGACCUUUAUAGACCUGGACAUGGAGAUGGCAAGGUAUAGGUUACCUCAGCCCUCCUCAGGAAGGUUGACUCCUCGUCACUGACUCGUCACUCUUUCUACAGGCAGCAAGAACAGGUGUUUGAGUUAAACUGAAUAAAGAUGCUUUGUUCACCCA